GAGACGUUCCUCAAGCGGAUCCGCAAAUGGGACACCGAGUUCCUUUGCAUUGGGAAGAAUGCUGCUGAGGUCUUCAAUGUGCCGAAGCCAGAGGAGGUGGUCCCUCGGAUCACGGCCAACCUCGACUACUUCAGUGUAAACUAUGCAGUUUGUCUCGCAGUUUUCGCCCUUACCUCCAUCGUGGUCUAUCCGCAGCUGUUGGUGCUGGUAUGCGUUUUCUCAGGUCUCUGGUACGGGCUGCUCACCCGGCCGAACCACAUGAGACUGCAGAUUGCCAACGCGCUGCUCACCAAGCGUCACCUGAUCUACGCACUGGGCUCGCUGAACGCCCUUGUGGUCUUGGUCUUCUACCGCAUGAUGAUCUUUGCCAUCAUCGGCGCGUCGUUGAUGUUUGUUUUGCUCCACGCUGGCCUUCAUGCCGUCCCUGUGAACGCCAAGGGGAAGCUAGAAGAAGAGGGCUCU